AUGUAUUUACUCAAGGCGUCAAGUGUUCUGCUAUGUUCUUCGCUGCUCUUCUCGGCGGCACUAGACGCCCUCAGAUCCGGGGACCACCAGCCGACACCAGCAGCGACGUACAAGUAUCCACCGGCUGGACUCCACCUGCCCGCUUCCUUCAUGAGGCAGCUCUACAGGAGAGUCCAAUCCGGCAACGCCACCUUGGAAGAGCGGCUAGCUAAUGAAGCCGACUCCGUCAAAAGCAUUCUUCCCAAGCGUUUUGCACGGAAAGGCAGUCGCUGGGUGGUGACCUUUGACCUCUCCACCUUUCUGACCAAUGAGGAGCUCCAGAUGGCUGAGCUGAGGAUCAGGUUCCCCAGGUUCCUGAACCUGAGCACUUCCACAGUGGAGGUGCGGCACGCCCACGAGUUCCCGUGCCCGAAUGGGACCUGCUACUCCCGGCAGCUGGUGGGGCUCUUUUCUGCGUCGUCCUUUGUGGCCUCUAACCCCAACUGGAAAAUCUACAACAUUACAAAUUUGCUAGGUGACUGGCUGAAGGAAAAUCUGUCCUCUCUGAACCGGAAGCUGGAGAAAGAGCCGUCCCUGCCCAGAAGAGAUCUGCCACCGAGCAACAGCUCGAAGGAUCAGGGUUUAAACGGUAGGGCUUUGCUGGUUGUAUUCACAAAAGUGAAGCCGGGCAGUGGCCUUCAGGAUAAGGCCAGCCUGCUCCUAGCAGCCGAACACUCUGGGUUUGUCUUUAGUCACGAAAGCCAAGAAACUGGAAAUCCCAUCAAGGCAAAGCGCAACAGGAGGCAACAAGACCUCAAGGCCAAAUCCCUUUGCCGGAGGGUGGACUUGCACGUGGAUUUCAGCCACGUUGGAUGGGCAUCCUGGAUUGUGUAUCCUAAGAGAUACAAUGCUUACCGCUGUGAGGGGGAAUGCCCAUAUCCACUUGGGGAACAAUUCAAGCCUACAAAUCACGCGUACAUGCAGAGUCUGGUGAAAUUGUAUAACCCCGAUCAAGUGCCCUCGACCUGUUGUGUCCCCAUCAAGACGAGCCCGCUGAGCAUGCUGUAUUUCGACGAAGACCGAAUAGUUCUGCGCCACCACGAAGGAAUGAUAGUGGACGAAUGCGGCUGCCGCUGAAACUCUCGUCUUUUCCUGGACUUCAAGGGCCUGAUCAGUCAAGAAUGAUGAAAGAACAUCCUUACAUUCAUGGGCGUUCAUGUCUGAAAACGGUACUAACGUACGCUUUCGGCUUUUCAAGACGGAAUUGUAUCAUUUUGAUGAUACCAGGAAGUAACAAGACACUGCGCGCAGCAAGCAGGUUCAACGGAAACACCUCUGGCGCGGAGAAGAAAUCAGAUCGUAAAAACAGCUCGGAAUGCGAAGGUGCUGUUCAUCUUCACCUGGGGCUGUAGGAAUCUGUUGUUCCUGUAUUGUAAACGGGGGUGGGAGUGAGGGGAGGCUGUGAGACCGGGUGGAGAAGAGGUGGUUUAUAUUGGGAAGAAAAGCUCAGUAUUCAUACAUACCUGGAAUUGGAGAAAAGCAGAUACUAAGUAUAAUUAAAUACUUUUUACAGGUGUGAAGUGGUCUUACCCAUUUAAAUAAUGUAUCACUGAUCAGAUAAGCAAUAUUCAGAGUGCUCAGUCACACGAGUAAUACUGUAUAAAAUAUGUCAUAUUUUUGUAA